AUGGAAAAACCUGUAUAUAAAAAGAAUUAUAAUGAAAAAAGUGCAAGUAUACGCCGUAUUCUUCAAGAAAUACGUGAACUUGAGGGCAGCAAAGAAGUUGUAGCAACACCAUUAGAAGAUAAUAUUUUCGAAUGGCAUUUUACAAUACCGGGGGUUCCUGGAACAGAGUUUAGUGGUGGGAGAUACCAUGGAAAGAUUUUUCUUCCGGUUGAAUAUCCGUUUCGUCCUCCUAGUUUUCGCUUUUGCCAUGAAAAUGGGCGUUUUGCUGUGAAUAAAGAGAUAUGUCUUAAUAUUUCUUCUUUUCAUGAGGAACUUUGGCAACCAGUAUGGGGAAUUCAUACAGCACUAAUAAGCCUUUCUAAUUUCAUGCUUACUAAAUCCGAAGGACAUAUUGGAGGUUUAGAUUUUACUGAAAAAGAAAGAAAGAGAAUAGCUUUGCAGUCUCGUGAUUGGGUAUGUCCUGAAUGUAAUCGGAAAAACAUUGAUAUACUUCCUGAUAUGGAGAAUGAAUUUGGAAGUUUUUCACGUCCUGAGAUUCCAAAAUUAUGUUUUGCCUAUAAAGAUGAAGAUUAUAGUCGAAAGAAUAAGAUUAUUUCCUUUUUUAUAACAGCAAAAACAUUUAUUAGACGAUUAUUUUUAUUUUUAAAGGAAGAGUUGUCAGGAUCACUUCCUUUUAUGGAAAAAUAUGAAAUUAUACCCUUUUGGAUAGAUAUUUUUAUUGCUUUUUUUACUAUUGUUUUACUUUCUAUUAUCAUUAAACGCUUUUUUUUGUGA